GGAAUAAAGUGCCACUUGUGUCUCCAUAUGGAAUUCAUCAGCUACAUAUCUUCAUAUUUCUUUCAAUUUUCAGUACUCAUUGGAGUUUGCAUUAGUCACCCUGCAAAAGCUUUCAGCUCUUUCUAACGAGGAUGAUGUGAUGGAUACACACAAAAAGUUGAUGAAUGAUCUAGGAGGGAUUUCUCAAGAUGGAGAUAACUCAAAUGUUUCUUUUGUCAAUGCAACAGUCAAGGGUCUGCGCUUUGUUUUAGAGCAGCUUCAGAUAAAACCAUUCGAGGUUUUCUUGCUGGAGAAACUAUGUAUGGUUUGCUGAAGUAACCUUUGCUAGCAGCUGGAAGGCUUGUUCCAGAAACUACAUAAUGAUAUCAUUGCCAUGUGUUUCGCCAGCAUUGCAGAAAUGUCUUAAACAUGAGAGUUGACUUGGGCAUAUUCAGAGCUUCGGCAAUGGACCUUAUGCUAGUACGUUGUCGCAAUGGUAUUUCCAUAAUCUUGCUUAAAUCAACCUUCCUGGGUUUAGGACCAACUCUGGUUGGUUUUCGUGAAGACACGUCAAAAGGAAAACAAGGGCUUGAAUCCGUCUCCUCCAGCUCUUUGUUGUUCAUACUGAACUUCAUCUCCUCCAGCUCUUUAUUGUUCAUACUGAACUCCAUCUCCUCCAUAUCUUCGUUGUUCAUCAUGUACUCCUCCUCCAGUUCUUCGUUGUUUGUAAUGAACUCAAUCCCAUCCAUCUCCUCGUUGUUCAUCAUGUACUCCUCCAGUUCUUCGUUGUUCGUAAUGAACUCAAUCUCCUCUAGCUCCUCGAUUAUCACCAUCACCUUAAUUAAUUCAAAAGGCUCCCAAAAGAGGUGUAAAGGCCCUAGUUAUAAUGAAUUCUUCAUUACAGUUUGUAAUCCUACAUGUGCAGUGUUUUACAUCUGCUACUAUGCUUCACAACUUAAGAUGAUUUCAAAAUGAGAUGGAGUACAUGCGUACAUAUGAAUCACCUGAAGUUUAUGAGUGAAGAGAGAUCUCAGAUUGAAUCUCCUGAGUGAAGAUAUAUCUCAGAUUAAAUCACAUGAAGAGAGAUCUCAAUUUGAUUUUGGAACCUUGUUUUUGUAAAAACCAAAUUAAUCUGAAGUUUAGUAUACUUUUGAUUUUUCUUGUAGAGAUCAAAGUGAUUUUUAGAAAUUUUGAAAUUCGAACGGAUGAAUAUUGAGAAAUCCGACCGAACAGAUAUGUUGGGUUUCUGUAUUGAAAAUGAAAUUUGGUUUUUUCA